CAUUCAAAGAGUACAGAAAAAUGUGGUAAAAACUUAAGUUUUCAAACUGUAACAUUGCAAAAAUUGCUAGGUAUAUGGGCAAGGGAUUUUGGUUAAAUGGGUCAGGUGGAAAAUAAUAUUAAAUAGAAUGGAAGAAGGACAAAAUGCCCCGUUCCUCCGCAAUAGGAAUGGACUAGCCCGAACGUUCUACAAAUAAUGGAUUAAAGGUCGUCACAGUAUUGUCCUACCACCGCCUGUGUAAUCUGGAAAAAGAUGGUGAACUUCUCCGGUAUUUGGACCGCCGUGGAAUGGGACGACGAAAGUUUCAUCAAGUUCUUUGCCGCUAUGGGUAUCCCUGAACCAAAAAUGGCACUUGAUCUAUUCAAAUCGGCUGAAAAGCACGAGAUCAUCGACAAGGGGGACACAGUUAUCUUUAGGAUUCCUGACCCAGAGAGUGAAGGAGGAAAGAGAGACAUUUUGUUUAAAGUAGGGGAGGAGAGCGUUGCUGUCGGACCGAUAGGAGUUCCCAUAAAGAAAUUUACAACUAAGGAGGGGAACAAGCUGAUAUUCCACGAGACAGCUCCAAACGGAGCGAAAAACAUCACUGUCCGUGAGCUACAGGGUGAUAAGAUGAUACUUACAAAGACUGACGUAGUCUCAGGUGUCACUGGGAUAUGCGUUUGUAAGAGAGAGGAGAGUAAGCUAUGAGGAUGCGGCGACGAAUUGAGUCUCAGAGCUGACUAUGUAUCACUCUAAAUUCGGAAAGGCAGUAACUACAAAAUUUGCUACGUUGCUGUGUGUCAUAGGAAUAAAAAUAGUAAUCACUACGAAUACUGCGAAUCCAAUAGUUUUUAUUAUAAUUAAUGUGAAUACAAUAGCUUUCAAUGCAAAAUGCUUGCAUGUAAUAUCUUCGUUUAGCUUGAAGUACGAAAGGCGUGAAUAACAUAACUUUUCCUGCCAAUUAAAAGAUGAAACAGCUUCAAUUAAAUAGUUUUUAUUUCAAAUCAAGUG